GUGUCGCACAGACUCGUUGAUAUCGUACCCCAGCUUCCUGACACAUACCGCUUUCCUCGUGAUCCUACCCCUCCAUCUCAUCCUCCUCCGUAUCCUCAGCCCCACCCCAAUAUCCCACCACCUCAAAGCCCUCCGCUCUGCUAUCUUCUCUGCACAUCUCUCGACAAGUUGCUCGCCCACCGGCCCUGGUGCUCGGGCAUGGGCGUAUGCGAGGUUCGCCAGGCUGAUGGUGGGCAUGACGAUGGGUGUUAGUGCUCCCAGCUUGUUGUGGUACUGUGCAGUUGGAAUGACUUCGAUCUCCUCUGUAACAGCCCUCUUUAACACUAAUGCCUUCUGGACCUAUCUCCUCUCCCUCAUCCUAUUACACGAUCGCUUUCGCGCUUUCCGGCUGUUCGCAGUUGUCAUCGCCUCCCUGGGAGUGGUGAUCGACGCAUAUGCUGGGACAUGCUCUCCCUCGGUACCCUCGUCCCCUUCCGAUGCAGCGGAUUCACCGGGAAGGGGGGACGGUACAGCAAGCCGCGCGCUGCUCGGGAACGCUCUAGCAUUUCUCGCCUCGGUAGCGAGUUCCUUAUUCCAAGUCCUCUAUAAGAAGUACGCGACCGGCGCUCCCUCCCCGAGUUCGUCCGGUACCGCCACUUCCUCCAGGGGUUACCGGGCAAUACCCUCCGAGCCCGCGCCGGCCCUUCCAAGGCAAGACGAUCGCAGAGAAUCAGUAGUCGAAGAUGGCGAAGUCCUCAUCCUCCCACCGCAAGCGAAAGAACUUCCCUUUGCGCUGUAUGCAAGUUUGGUUACCAGCAUGCUCGGCCUGGGCACACUGUGUAUCAUGUGGCUCCCACUGCCCCUGCUGAACGCCUCGGGGUGGGAAAAGUUCACACUGCCCCAAGAUUGGCGUACUACCGUGGGCAUCAUGCUCAUCACCCUAUGUGGAGUGACGUUCAAUACCAUCUUCAUGAUCCUCUUAAGCGUAUGGGGCCCUAUUCUCACCUCUGUUGGUUCCCUCCUUACUACUCUUCUCGUACUGCUCACCGACGUCUCUCUCGGCGGGUGUGUGACCGCGGGAAACUGGGUGGGGUGCAGCCUGAUCGCUGGCGCUUUCGCGAUACUGGGAUGGGAUGUACGGCAGGAGACGGGGAGCCAUCAAGAGCAGGAACAGGAGCCGAGUGUAGGCUAAUGAGAGGUACACGUAGAUUGUAGGCACGGCCAUGAUGAAAUCGCUGUAGAAUAUUGAAUCUAAU